AUGUCUAUUGAAGAUGUCACUCCGGUGGUGAUUGACAGCGGAUCAUCAUCCAUCAAGGCUGGAUUUGCAUGUGAGACAAAACCACGUGUGGUCAUUUCAAGUGUGACUGGACAACUCAAAAAACAAAGUGAAGAGCGAAAUAAAUACCGUCCCGUCGAAAAGGAUACCCAGUUGAAAAAUGAUAUCCUCGAGAUGAGAUCGCCCAUUCAGCGAGGAAUCGUCAUCGAUUGGGAUGGAGCCACUGAACUGUGGGAGAAUGCCUUCAACAAUCUUCGCAUCACCCCGAAAUGUCAUCCGAUGCUUCUCACCGAAAGUCCAUUUACCACAAAUGCGGAUAGGGAAAAGAUGACGGAGAUCUUCUUCGAAACGUUCAACACACCCGGUGUAUGCUUUGCCAAUCAAGCAAUUAUGUCUCUCUUCGGCUCUGGACGCACCACUGGAAUUGUUAUCGAAUCUGGAGAACACGCCACUCAUGUCACGCCAAUCUACAAAGGGAAAGUCAUCACCGGGGCGGUCAGCCAUCUUGAUAUUGGUGGUCAUCAAUUGACAGAGUAUUUAACUACUAUGGUCUCCGCCGAAAGAAGCCACAUCUUUCCAAAUGGAGCUAAGCUCGAUAUGGCCCGCCAAAUCAAGGAGAACAUUGGUUAUGUGGUUCUGGACUAUGAGUUGGAACUGGCCACGUUUGCUGCAGUUGACUCUAUCAAGAGAUCGUAUGAUUUUGGAAAUGGUCGUGCAGUCUCGUUUGGAAAGGAAAUUUUCCGUUUCUCGGAAGCUAUGUUCAAGCCUUCUCUCGUCGGCAAAACAAGUGAUGGCGUUCCCGAGCUCGUUUGGAAAUCAAUCAUAAAAACCCAGCCGGACAUCGAAGAAGCGCUUCUUGGAAAUAUUUGUCUCACUGGAGGCAACACCAUGCUCACUGGAUUCAAGGAGCGCAUGGAGCACGAACUGGCUGCUCUCAUUCCUCCAUUAGUGUACUUGUUGAAGAUUUUGAAAAAUUCCAUUGUGUCAGGUUCAACCAGAUUUCAGUCAUUGCGAAAGACAAUCGCAAGUUUGCCGCUUUCAUUGGGGGAUCUGUCCUCUCUUCACUCACUAACCGCUGGAGUCAUUGGACCACUCGCCAGGAGUACGGAGAGUCUGGGGCAUCGGUUGUUCACGACCGCAGUUUGUAAUUGA